AUGCAGGCUAGAGAGGCACUGUCAAGGACUGCCGGACGGAACAAGGAAUCGGCUGACAGACAUCGCUCCAAAGCCCCGGACUACAAGGUGGGCCAAUCAGUAUGGCUCUCCACCAGGGACAUCCGUCUAAAGGACACCUCUCGCAAAAUGGCCCCCAGGUACAUUGGCCCCUACACUAUUGAGAAGAUCAUAAACCCCUCUGCAGUCAGGCUCAAGUUGCCACCAUCCAUGAGGAUCCAUCCAACUUUCCACGUUUCUAACUUAAAACCAGUUUCAGUCAGCCCGCUCAACCCUCCCACCGGCUCCCCCCCAGCUCCCCUUUUGAUCGACAACCACCCGGCAUAUAGGAUCGACCGUAUCCUGGAUUCCAGAAGACGGGGUAGGGGUUUCCAGUUCCUGGUCCAUUGGGAAGGUUAUGGACCUGAAGACAGUGACAGCUACAUCGUGCGUGUGAAAGCCGUGGUAAUGACGCGGGACGACUCGAGCGGAGGCUGGCUGGCUCAGGACGGGGGAGCCCUGAGCAGGGUGGGGGUGUGCCACCUCCUACCGACAGACCUUACCCCCAUUUCAAGCUCUGCCAAGUCCCAGUUCCUCAUCCGGGGAGAGCGGCUGCUUGACAAACAGGUGAUUCUGGACUGUCCUCUCAGAAAGGACCUGGUCUACACCAUUGCAAUGCCAACAUUUCACCACUGGAGGGUGGAGGACAGGAGGUGUGGUUUGUCCUUCCAGAGUCCAGCUGAUGCUAGAGCUUUUGACAGGGGGGUACGGAAAGCCCUAGAUGACUUGGCUGAAGGCUCCACGACCUCCUCCACAGCACUCCAGAAUGAGAGCGAACUGGGUGAUGAUGAUGUCUUCACUAAUGCCACAGACAGCUCCUCCAACUCCUCUCAGAAGUUGGACGGUUCUCUGCAGCCGCUCGAGUCCUCGCCCCUUCCGCAGAGACACAAGUGCUUGCCAGGACAUCAUCACGACACACACAACUCCCUCCAGCUCUCUGACUACUACUUUGACCAGCCAUUUUCUCGGAUUCCCCGCCGCGUCACCUUUGAGGAUGAGGAAAUUGUUCGUAUAAAUCCCCGGGAGCGCAGCUGGGAGCGGAACACAGAACGCCACCUUGGGCGCCAGUCGGACCGCCACUGGCUCACAGGGUACGAGGACUACCGGCACGCAACUGUGUGUGACAAAUUCAUCCACCCAGACAACUCUGAGUCCUACGUCCACUUGGAUAAGACGGAGGCGCAGAAGCACGACUACACCUACCCACUGGCACCAGCCCUGUCGCCAUCAGACUCUGACCCUUCUCUCGGACCUUUAACUAAUAAGGGCCAUGGUGGCUCCUAUCAUUCAGGCAUCUCCUCGGUGGUCUCUGCCCAGCCUCGCUCCUUUUUCUUGGGCUCUUUGUCAUCCAAUGACAGGAAGGGGCGAAGAGACAAAGGGAUGGAGCGUGCUCAGUGCGAGCACUGCGGUGAAGCCUUUUACCUCUUCGAGAACCGGAGAGGCCGGUGCCAGGAUGCUCUGGACCCUGUGCGGGUGUGCAUCCAUCGGGUCAGCUGCAUGUGGUUGGCAGAUACCAUGCUCUACCACUGCAUGUCUGACCCGGAAGGGGACUACUCAGACCCGUGCUCCUGCGACAGGGGUGAGGGCGGCAGCGGAAGCCGUCUCGGCACUCGUUGGUUAGCUCUGCUUGGCUUGUCUGUGGUGGCGCCCUGCCUUUGCCUCUACCCACCUCUCCAUGCGUGCCACCGGGCAGGGCUUGCAUGCGGCUGCUGCGGAGGCCGACACAAGGCCCUGAGCUGAGAAGCCAUUCUUGGAAUUCUCAGCAGAAACUACAAAAAACCUAAACCCAAUGCAAACACAGGGAAAGGGAAGGAUGAGGAGACACUCACUGUGGUCUCUUACCUUGGAUUUAUUGGGUUUCCCUACAAAUUCCAGACACUGAAAUAAGCCAAAUAAGAGACGAAAAAACUGUUGGUGCAUUUUCUAAACAGCCUGGGAAGAUAAGCUCCCCCUCAUGGCAGGCAGUUCUCUCAGCUCUCCACGUGGCCAUUUCAUGCUCCACUUCUAAUGAGAGAGCCGUUUUUUUCAGGGGGGCCUUUUUUAUAGUCAGCCUAUAUGUCAUGUAUCACAUAUGCAGGUACUUUAUAUUGUUGUAUUUGUACAUUGACUCUACGUCAAAGAACUUGAAUUGUUUCUUUGUCGUAUUUUAUUUCCUCUUUCAUGUCCGUGUGGCCAUUCAGCUUAUUUUCUAUUCCAAUAUCAGGCCUGAUCAUUUAAGCUCCAGCUACAACAGAAAUCAGACACUACACCUCUUUGUGCACGUAUGUGUGUGCGCGUGUGUGUGUUGUGGCCUUUUUGUUGUCUGUACUACAACUUGUAGUAGAACUUAUGUUUAUAGACUUCAUAGUUCUCCAGUAUCAACAUUGUUUUUAGGGUCACCCAAAACACAGUACUCCUCUUCAAAUAUCCAAAGAUUCAUAUUUUAUCCUAUUUAUAUUCUUGCUGAAUUGAUCAACCAGUUAAAAAAAAGAAGGGUGCUAGGUUGAAAUUCAGUCACUGAAUUAGAUGUUGCCUCUAGUCAUGAUACAGUAAUCAAGCAUCUCCAUCUCCUUGCUCACAAACAGUGCCUAGAAAUCACCUUAGGAACCUACUAGGUCAGGGGUGCCCAAUACGUCGAGCGCAAUCUACCGGUCAAUCGCAAAGACAUUAAAAAUAGAUGUCAGCCUAUCAUCCAUCCUCACUAUGAAAUAUGUUGCUUGAUUGACAGACAGGGCAGCCAGUCUGAGGCCCCAUUUACACGAUUAGAACCGUAGCCUUUCUGCUGAGGUUUGGCCGUUCACUUACACGACAACAGCCCUCAUUACAGAGAAUCCCCCACAGAGGUGUGAAAUGCUCCUUAUGCGAAGUCGCGCAUGUGCACUCCAGGCAGCUGCAGUCCAAAGUUUUUCUGCUCUAACAUCAGUUUUAAUAAAUGGCAGCUAGCAGUGUUUUUGUGCUGCUCAUCCUUUUUCAGCAUGUAGGAGCAAAACUAAUAAAAUCCAGAGAUGUUGGUGUAUUCACCAGUUUGGACGUAACUGUCAUGCCGAUACUGCAUGCACAGUGAAUGCAGCUGAGCAUCAGGGUUGCCAAAUAAAUUUAAAAUGCCUUAUUUACCCCCUUCUUUUCUGUACACAUGUUCAACAAACACAGCACACACCUCAUCUUAGAAUAUUUUUACUCAGCACAUAUGACAGUUUAGGUCAAAGUACUAUCAUUUUAAAAGCCACAGUACUAUAAUUCAUAUUUUCUUAUCUGGCAACCCGACUGACAUGGAAACUACUGUGUUUUCGUGUAAGCCUGCUAAUUUUUUAUUACCCCUAAUAAAUAUUGAAAAAACAGGAACAUUUCCAGAGCUUGUUCUUGUGUAAACAGGGCCUUAUCAAAGAUCACUUUGACUUGGUCAUUUUAAAAGGAGCUGCAUGCUGAAAGCAUCUGGGCACCCCUGCACUAGGUCUUAAAAUUCCAGUCCCAUUUUUUACUUUUGUGUCCUUUUACUCUGUAAGACUUUAAGGCUCUGAUUCCCUCAUUCUUGCAACACUUCAGUCAGUAGUCAAUCUUUUCACAUCCUGCACUGGAAAAAAAGAAAUCGGACACAGAAUAAAACUGGUGUUUAUAUGCCUUAAAAAUGUAAAGUCUUGCUCUGAAUUUCGCCUGCCUCUCUCUCUCUCUCUGAAGAUAGAAUGAAACGUAGGAGCAUCACUGCAGUUCCAAGCAAUCCAUGCUGCUGGAUUAAACUUGAUUUGAAUUAUUUUUGUAACAAAAAGUACCAUUUUAACAUGUCCUCUAACUGUGGAAGCUCUAGGCUGUGGUUUUGUCUGCGACGUACAAUCAACUCCUUUUAAACAUUGUCCUCCAAGUGUUCACAGGUCACACAUGGAACAGCAUAACGCAAAAUUAUGUGAAUAAUUGUGGACGUUCAGUUUUUCUUUUUUUAAGAUCAUCCUAAUUUGGAACACUUAAUGUCAGUUUUGCAUUCAGGUAAGUUUUAUUUAUAAAAGAUGAGCGUACAGGUCAUCUUGAAGGUGUUACAGCCAAAGUUUGACUUUUUAAGAUUCACAGGAAGUUAAAAAACGAGGGUUGGACUUGCUCAAACCCUUUAGAUUUUGAUGUAGGAAAUUAUUGGCAACUGUUCACUUGAAUCUACUUAACACCAUCAUUCUUGGAUUAGUGGCAUCAACCCCUUGAGAAUCACAUGUUGUUAAUUAAAUUGUUAAAUCCUCAAAAGGCAAAGGCAGUGACUUUCAGGAAUCUACUGGUUUUAGAAAAACGUUUCUAAGGAGAGGUUUUUAUUUAACAUUAAAUAGAACCAAGCUUGCUGCUUUUGUUUGUGAAGUAAUUAAUGAGAGACAAGUCCAACUCUUUCCUUUAAGGCCCUGAAUGUGUUGCUGCAACAGACGACUCGCUGAAACCACAUGUGACCGGCGUGUGCU